AGACUCUUCUAAGAUGAUACACUUAAAGGAGAUUUGAAAAGUUAAAACAGCUCCCAAGUCCAUGCAAGGAGCAGUCGAUUAAGUCUCCAGUUGCUGUGGAAAGAGGCGGAGAGAAUGUAGAUGACCUAAAUUCUAGUCCUCAUCUGCAGUUUGUUUUCUCUUGCCUCCAGGCCUUUGCACAGGCUUUUUCUUCGACUUGGAGUAUUUCCCUGCUUCUAUGCGUCCCAACUCCCCUGCCAAACUGUUCUCUUUCGGGUAUUGGUUUAAAUGUCACUUCUUCCGGGAAGCCUUUCCACGCUUCCUCUGGCUAGACUAAGUUUGCCUUUUCUUAGGUUGUUGGGUUUUUCGUUUAUGUCACUCUCAUUCUGCGUUUAAAUUGCCAGCCUUUUUGUUCUGAACUCCCACUACGUUGUGGAUUCCUGAGGAUGGGAUGACUGUAUCUUGAUUACUCGGAGGCCUGGCAUAUACCGGGUGCUCCCUAAAUUAUGAGCGAAUGUUGAAUAAAAUUCUAAAGGAUAUCAAGAUGACAGCAUCUAUGCAUGGUCAGCCCAGUCCUUCACUAGAAGAUGCAAAACUCAGAAGACCAAUGGUCAUAGAAAUCAUAGAAAAAAAUUUUGACUAUCUUAGAAAAGAAAUGACACAAAAUAUAUAUCAAACGGCGUCAUUUGCAACAACAGCUGGUUUCUCUGGAAUAUUCUCAAACUUCCUGUUCAGACGCUGCUUCAAGGUUAAACAUGAUGCAUUGAAGACAUAUGCAUCAUUGGCUACACUUCCAUUUUUGUCUACUGUCAUUACUGACAAGCUUUUUGUAAUUGAUGCGUUGUAUUCAGAUAAUAUAAGCAAGGAAAACUGUGUUUUCAGAAGCUCACUGAUUGGCAUAGUUUGUGGUGUUUUCUAUCCCAGUUCUUUGGCUUUUACUAAAAAUGGACGUCUGGCAACCAAGUAUCAUACCGUUCCACUGCCACCAAAAGGAAGGGUUUUACUCCACUGGAUGAUGCUUUGUCAAACACAAAUGAAAUUAAUGGUGAUUCCUCUAGUCUUUCAGAUUAUGUUUGGAAUAUUAAAUGGUCUAUACCAUUAUGCAGUAUUUGAAGAGACACUUGAGAAAACUAUACAUGAAGAGUAACCAAAAAAAUGAAUGGUUGCUAACUUAGCAAAAUGAAAUUUUUAUAAAAAGGACUCAGGCAUUGCUGAAAGAGUUAAAAGUAACUGUGAACAGAUAAUUUGUUCUGUGCCUUUUGCCUGGUAUAUAGCAAAUAAAAAAUAUUCAAUAAUUCAAUCAAUAAAUAUAAGUUUCAUCUUACAUGUAAGAUAUAGGUCUUAUCUCCUGAUGGUGUGUCCAUUUUGCCUGGUAUAUAACAGAUAAUAAAUAUUGAGUAUCAAUAAAUGUAACAAAA